GUCUUAGUAGUUGAUGGGGAGGUCUGACUCACUACAGUAAGCUGUCAGUGGACCUUAAAAACCCAACAAGAAGACGGUGGUCACUAGUAAACAAACAGAUACAUACAUAAAUAAUUCAAGUACCGGUUUUUGAAGGCAUUGAAGAGUGUUACUGGUCCAUAUCACUUAAAUGGGGCUUUUGACAGACCCAGGAAUGGAGCGGAGCAGACUGCCAGCUCUCCUCAACAAAUAUCAUCGACCUAUUUGUGUUUUUCUCUAUGUUAUGGGCAUUGCAUGGUUUGUAGCAUUAGCUCACAACUCGCUGAAUCAUGGGACAUAUUUCUCUGAGAAUGCCUUGCUACCAGGAUUAGUACAAGGGGACUUCCAUGGUGACUCUCAAGCAGUACAGUACUUGGAGAGUUUAACCGAGGAGGCAGAGAAGCAUUCUUCAAGCAUGCCGUAUUCUUGGCUGGCUGCUCAUUUCACCCAGUUGGGCUUGGAUACAUUCACCCAUAAUUUUACCUUGCAUUAUCCAAUGGGGAAGGAUAAGAGUUUUUCUGGUAAGAAUGUUUAUGGCAUUCUACGAGCCCCACGUGGAAGCAGCACCGAGGCAGUGGUAGUUUCUGCUCCAUACCGUCCCCCAUCGUCCCUUCUCCAGGGUACUGCACCAUCUAUAGUUCUAAUGCUUGCCAUGGCUCACUUCUUCUCCAAACAAGUGUACUGGGCAAAGGACUUGAUUUUCUUGGUGACAGAGCAUGAGCAAUUAGGGGCACAAGCAUGGCUGCAGGCUUACCACCGCACCCAAAGUGGCGCUGGAGUUCUCGACCAUGGAGACCUUGAGGGGCGAGCUGGAGCUAUACAGGCUGCCAUAAACCUGGAACUUCAUAGUUCACAUGUGAGUCACAUAGAUGUGAAAGUGGAAGGUCUUAAUGGCCAGCUGCCCAACCUUGAUCUUGUUAAUCUUAUUCAUCGUCUCUGUCAGAGAGAAAAUGUUCAUCACACUUUCAAGAAUAGGGGUGACCAUCCUCGUCCAGAGACAUUCCAUGGUUGGUUAUAUCAGUUGCAGACACUGUUUUCUAUGGUUGCAUCACAAGCUUCAGGGGUUCCAACUGGUAACCAUGGUUUAUUUCACAGGUAUGGCAUAGCUGCUGUGACUGUAGAGGGGCAGCAGCAGGAGCAGGGUCGUGGGUGGCGCACUGUCUCUCUUAGCCAACUGGGACGGGUUCUUGAGGGUGUCUGCCGCUCUCUCAAUAAUCUUUUAGAACCUUCCUCAUCUUUCUUUUCACCUUUUGCCACUACAAACAAUUUCACUUCCACAGGUGUAUACAUGCCUCCAUUUGGCAUGAUAGCAGGUGGGGUCCUGGUGAAGGCCUUAGCUUUGUGGUACUCCACGAGCUGUGCUGCAGAAGAGCAGCUCCAAAGCAAACAACUGAAAAAGAGAAUUGAUUAUGGACUACUUAGUUGUGCACCACUGGUAGUUUUGAUGCACAUUCUAGGCAUGGCUCUGACCUGUGGCCCUGCCCUACUGUCCCAGUGUGGCCUCCUCCUGGCACUCUCUGCUGAGGACAGCAUUUUUGUAGGCAUUGCAGCUUUCUGCUUGACUCUGCUAACACUUCCUUAUUUUCUCAACAGGUUCACUUUUGCACUCCUUGUAGAACUACCUGAAACAUCAAUCUGA